CCUUUAAUUCUUCCUAGUCUGCACACCAAAUCAAACUUUCUCAUCUUCAUUCUUCCUUUUGCUUUAAUCUCCAAUUAUCAUCUAAGAAAUCAUGGCAGUUUCCACGGAUACCAUAGUUGGACCAUGGGGAUAUAACGGUGGAAAUGUUUGGAGUUUUCGACCUGUCAGAAAGAUAAAUGAAAUAGUUAUUUCUUAUGGUGGUUAUGGUGCCAAUCCCAUUGCCCUAACUUUUUCUUGCAUUAAGGCUGAUGGUUCGAAGGAUACUAUCACAGUAGGAAAAGACGGGCCAGAUGAAAUCACUAACAUUGACACGGUGAAUAUUGAUGGCUCUGAUGAAUACUUGACCGGGAUAAGUGGAACAUUUGGAAUUUACUUGGAUAACAAUGUCUUAAGAUCGAUAAAGUUUACUACUAAUGAAAGAGAGUACGGACCAUAUGGCACCGUUGAUGAAACUCCAUUCACCUCCAACAUUCCAAGUGGGUACCAGAUCGUUGGAUUCCUCGGUCGCGCUGGAUACUAUAUUGAUGCUAUUGGUGCUUAUAUUACACAUAAUUAAUUAUAUCACUCUCAUGCUUAAUGCUCCAUUGGAACACCUCUAUGUGUUAUAUGUUGAAUAAGUUCCAAAUGGUUUAAAUAAUGUUGUACUAAUUGUUGUUUGUUUUAUGUUUGUCAAAUGUACGUGGUAUGACAUAUGAGAUUUGUUGAUUCGUCAACUCUCGUUCAUACUUAUCAAUAAAUACCGUUAUUUUUAUA